AUGCCUGCUGGUGAGCCAUCUGCCUCCUCCGCCUUGAAUUCUGAUGUGCUGACCCCAUUGGCAGAACCAGUGUUGUUUCAGGGCCUCCUGACUUUUGAGGACGUGGCUGUGCACUUCACCCAGGAAGAAGGGGCGCGUCUGGACGCUGGGCAGAGGACCCUGUAUAGAGACGUGAUGCUAGAGACUUACAGGAACCUGGUCUCUCUGGAGGUUCCAGGAUCCAAACCAGAUCUGAUCUCCCAACUGGAGCAGGGAAGGGAGCCCUGGGGCUCAGACCUGCUGGGGGCCCAGGAAGCAGAGACUGUGGGAGAUGCCGGCAUAGAUUGAGGACAAUUUUCUGGGAGUCCAGCACCGUGCCAGAUGCUUAACAAAUUGUGCCUCACUUUCUCCCAUGGGAUGAGCUAUC